AUGAGCUUGGCAUCACCUGCGAUAAUAACGAAAGCCUCCGCGCCACUGCGCGUGUUGGCGACGAGGACACCUACAACCAGACUGUAUCAUCAAGAUCAUCGAGAACCAUGCCUUCAUCAGAGAACAUACAGCAAUCAAUACCAUCGCCCGCGAUUAUCCCCCUCUCGGAGAACAAACCAUGAACGGAUACAUCAUCAGACACGAAGCUUUCACGCCUCCCAUCCAGCUUUCGCAAUCAAAGACCCAUAUGCUUCCCUGGGUGUAGGCAAAAGCGCCUCAGCGUCGGAAAUCAAGAAAGCAUACUAUGGCCUCGCGAAGAAAUAUCAUCCAGACACGAACAAAGAUCCCAAAGCGAAGGAGAAAUUUGCAGAAGCGCAAUCUGCAUACGAGAUUCUGAGCGAUGAAAAGAAGAAAGGAAUGUAUGAUCAAUAUGGCUCGGCAGCUUUCGAUGCGAAUGGCGAAGCUGGAUUCAAUCCUGGCGCAGCAGGCGCUGGAGGUGGAAACCCAUUCGGUGGAGGCAAUCCGUUUAGUGGAUUUGGAGGUCAAGCAGGAGGAUUCGGCGGGCAAGGUGGAUUUGGGGCAGAAUUUAAUUUUGAAGAUCUGUUCUCUGCGUUUGGGGCGGGCGGUGCAAGGAGAGGAAGGGGAGGUAGAGGGCCGUUUCAAGAGGAGGUCAUGGUGGGUGAGAACAUUGAAGUGCAGACCAAUAUAUCGUUUAUGGAUGCUGCAAAAGGUGUGCAUAAGGACAUCACAAUCACACCAUUGGUGCAAUGUAAAACUUGUAAUGGCAGUGGCCUGAAGAAGGGCAAGAGCAGGAGUGCCUGUCGGACUUGUGAUGGCACUGGCACAAGAAUACACUUCAUGCAGGGAGGAUUUCAGAUGGCGAGCACUUGCGGGACAUGUGGCGGCACUGGUUUGCAAGUAGCAAGAGGAGCAGAAUGUGGCACAUGUAAGGGCAAUGGAGCUGUAAGAGAACGGAAGACUGUUACAGUGGACAUUCCAGGUGGUGUAGAAGAUGGCAUGCGAUUGCGAGUGAUGGGCGAAGGAGACUAUCCACCAACUGGACAAGCUGCGAACCCGGAUGCAAGAUCAACGAAGGGAGACCUGUACGUCUUCAUUCGUGUUGCGCCAGAUUCGAAGUUCCAGCGCAGCGGCUCGGAUGUACUUUACACGGCCAGCAUUCCGCUCACGACUGCCAUACUUGGAGGCGAGAUUACAGUGCCGACUCUGGACGGAGACGUCAAAGUCAAGGUUGCGACGGGCACUGGCACCGGUGACAAUAUCACGAUGGCUGGCAUGGGUAUGAAGAAGCUCAACUCACGGCGAGGCACCAAUGGCGACCUAAGAAUUGAGUUCAAGGUCCAAAUGCCAAAAUAUCUAUCGGUCAACCAAAGGACCAUUGUCGAGAUGCUGGCAGAUGAGAUGGGAGACAAGAACGCCAAGCGUGUGAUGAACCUGAACAAGACGAUGAAGGAGGGUCCAGCAGAAUCUAGCGCAUCAUCGAAGCCUUCAGCAUGGACGCAGAAAGACGACCACAAAGAUGAGGGCUUUCUGAAGAACUUCUGGCAUAAUAUUUCUGGACAGCAUGACGAUUCGAAGAAGGAAGAGCAAGCUAAGAAGAGAAACGAGGACGAGCCCCCAAAGAAGGCAUCUGGAUCCGGUUCAGGCUGAUGGUGAGAGCUGGAGGUGAGACAGCGUACAGGUUUUGCAUUGCCGGGGUUUGAGCGUUUGUCGAAAUGGGAUAGCAGUACUCACGAGUAUAUGCAUGGCGAAGGGCCGGCUGGAAGAAGAGUGUACAGUAGCAGCAUCAUUCGUCACUGUCUUGACCGGACAUCUCGACUCUUGCUCGUGUAGAGUAGAACUGGAUAGUGUAUCCAGAAGUGUACAGAAAUGAUCAUGGUUUAUUC